CAACAACCUAUUCAAAUGUAUUCGAAAGGCGUGUCGAAUGUAGAAUUUAUUGCAAACCAAUUUUAUAUUAAUUUUCAUGUUUAUUGUUGCCAGAUAUAAAUACAACCGUGGGGUACGUCUAGAAGCCAAUUCACUUGCGGAAAUUACACCGAAGUCGACACGGGUUCAGCGGUGUACGAUACUUUAUCCAACAAACAACUUUUCCUGCUUAUACACACACACAAAAAAAAAAAAAAAAUAACGUGCGAAUAAUCUUACAGUUCAAAUAAAGAUACAUUCUUGAUUUCUAUUUUAGCAGUGUUAUAUUCUUCGACAUGAAGCUGAUUGUUGCAAUUAUAAUAUCACUUAUGUGCUUAUUCUUUCUUGCGGAGGAAGUACAGUGCGCCAGGAUUCUUGCGGUCAUUCCAACACCUUCCUACAGCCAUAAUCGUGCAUUUAAACCCCUGUGGAUGGAACUGAACAAACGAGGCCACGACAUUGUCCUCGUCACAACGAAUCCAAUCCCAAAUAUGAAUACGACGAGCUUCGUUCAGAUCGAUAUCUCGAAAUCCUACGGCAUAGUUGACCGGUACAAUUUCGUUCAGCGUCGGUUCAGCAAAGUCAACUGGCUAACAUUACAGAAGACAGAUAUAUUUGGUCUAGGUGAUAAUUUCGCGCAUGAAAUAUACAAUAACUCAGAGGUGCGGAAGUUGUACGCGCCGGACAGCGACGCAAAAUUCGACGUCGUCAUGAUUCAAGCGUUUAUUUCGCCAGCCGUCUUCGCCCUCGCGCAUAGAUUCAACGCGCCCUUGAUUGGGGUUGUCUCGUGUGGAAUUCUUGCGGUUCACGAGCACAUCCUCGGUGGCCUGGUGCUCCCUUCACACGAGAGUACCUGGGAAAUGGAAGGGAUCGAAGGCCCGAAUUUGUCCUUCUGGCAGAGAUUACAAAAUUUCUUGAACAUGUGGAACUACGUGUUCGACUCUUACAACAUUCUUAUAGCCAACCAACAGAAAAUAAUGAACCAAUACCUAGGAAAUGAUUUACCGUCGCUGCUCGAUAUAGAGAAGAACAUGAGCCUCGUGUUUAUCAAUCAGAUCGACGCCAUCACUCCUGCUAAGCCAAGACUCGCCAAUAUGAUCACAUACACCUUGACCUAUCCAGAGACAAACCUCAACCAACUGCCAGAGGAUUUGGAACGAUUCCUCGACGAUGCUUCAGAAGGAUUUAUCUACUUUAGCCUUGGUAGCAUGAUACUGAGCUUCCAAUUACCGCCGGAGACGAUACAGGUGCUCCUCGACGUUUUAGGCAGGUUGCCGUACAAGGUGGUGUGGAAAUACGAGAAGCAGUUGCCGAGGAAACUGGACAACAUCUUCACCGCGCCAUGGUUCCAUCAGCCGAGCAUUCUCGCGCAUCGAAAGAUCAAGCUGUUCAUGUAUCAAGGAGGCCUGCAAAGCACCCAAGAGGCUAUGCAUUUUGGAGUUCCUGUUUUGGGGUUCCCAGUGUUUUCAGAUCAGAUGUACCAAGCUAAGAGAAUGGAAGCUCUUGGGUUAGGAAAGCGGAUGGAUCUCACUACUCUGAAUAGAAACGAUUUGGAGGCAGCCAUUCGUGAGAUCAUAACUAACAGAAGGUAUAAGGAGAAAAUGAUCGAAAUAAAAAACACCAUUGAAGACGUUCCGUAUAAUUCGAUGGAGCACCUUGCUUGGUGGACGGAGUACGUGAUUCGUCACAAAGGUGUCCCUCAUUUACACUCCAGCCUAACUAGGCAACCCUGGUACCAACGCAACGACAUGGACAUCAUUGUAUUUCUCACUACUGUGGUCUGUAUACUAAUUACUAUCGCAAUCGGUACGAUUGUUACCCUCGUAAGAUUCUGUAGAAGGCGUCGGUCAUCCGCAGAAAACCACAAACUAAAAGUUAGCUAAUAUUUAAUUCUGUCCAAAAAAAAAGUGAUCCUUUGAAAAAGUAUUUUAAACGAAAGUUUUACUUUCGUACAAAAAAGAAAUACAUGUUGAUUUGAGUAAUCUCCUUUUUCUAGUCUAGUUGAAUACUUAUACAAUACAUUAAUGUAAUCCAAUGCAAGUAAAAUCUU